UUUUCAAAGCGCCAAGCGCGCGGUAUCUGAAACCGAGUUCCUUGUGUAUUGCAAAUAUUCAUAUACAACAAAUGCGAAUAGAAAAAACGCCGGUAGAAAUAUAAAUAUUUGAUUUCAAAAUAUUUUGACCGGAACCGAAUGUACGAUUUUUUGCGAGCGACUAACCGGCUUACAAACACAAACAAGCCGAAAUAUUUACCAAAAAGGCGCGCGUUUUUAUGUGUUUUUGUGUAAACAAAACAAAUACAAUUGCGUUAACCAAAAGUUAAAUAUAAAUAAAAAUAACAAUUUGUUAACAGUAACCAAUAAAACAACUUAAUGUGGAAUUAUUAAGAAUUAAAAGCUAAGAGGAAUUUAUGGAAAAACACAACAAUUGAAGUGUUAAUGAUAAAAGCAGGUAUACAACCUAAAAAUACCAAGAUUAAUCAAAUAAAUAUCCGAAAUAAGUGCAUUCAAUACUAAUAGAAGUAGAAUCCCAUAAAUCUCAUACGAAAAUGCCGGAAAAGUGGCGAUGUGAAUUGUUUGUGUAGUGGAGAGUGCAAUAAAUAACAGUACGAAGUAACAGUAAACAACGGAAUAAGCCAAGAUGACGCGCGAGGAAGAGGAAGAGGUGCGAUCUCUGCUCUCUCGCCACCAGGAGCGCAUAAUGCUGGAUCUGGGCAGUACCGAUAUGCUAGCGGUACUGGUCAAGAACUCGGUGCUCAGUCAAUCGGAAGAGGAUCUACUGUUGAAGCCGUACAAUGCCGUAACGCCCACGCCCUCUGCCGCAGCCUCUGCCACAGUGGAGCCUCCUGGCAGUGCCCCCUCUCUCACAAAGAGAAAACUAAGUGCCGUGGCGAGUAGCGGUAGUACGGCCAGCGGGGGGAGUGGGGGCAGCGGAGGCAGUGGAUCCUCACGGUGUGCCAGCGUCAACGGCGACGCGAACUGCGACAGUCGCUCCCUAACGCCCUCUGGCGGGGGACUAUGCUCAGGACUAAACGAUGCUGAAAUCCUUCGACUCCAGUGCUCCAACCUCAUCGAGAUCAUCGCCAAAAACGGAUUUGAGAAGUUCAAGCAGUUCUGCUAUGCCAUCGAGUGCGAGUGUCCGCAGUUGAUUGAGGAUCUAAUUAACGAUCGUCUCAAGACCGAUGCCGCCAAUUUGGAGGACAGUCCCGAGGUGGAAAAAAUCCAAAAGGAAAUCGAAACGAUCGAUUACAUUGACAAGGAAAAGGAAAACGAUCGCAAUCGUCGGGCUGUCAGUUAUGGCGGCGACGUUACCUCCUCCCCCCAUUCGGCGACGAUACCCCGAGCUGCUCCCCGGCGGGUGGCCUUGAUGAAGGAGCCACCCCCGCCGCCACCCAAACCACAGCUGACCUCCAAAGCGGACUCUGUAUCCCAUCUCUCCAGCAAGUAUCCCCAAUCGGAGUACAAUCUCAUCCAGAAGAUCGACUCGAACAGCACUCUGACUGCUCCGGCGCAAUAUCAGCCGCAGAAUUUCUAUGCCAACACCGGAACUAUUUCCUCAACGAAUGGCUAUGGAUCGCUGUUGUGCCACGCAAGUUCAACGACCAGUCCUCUGGCGGUACGGAAGCGGGACAAGCUGCUCCAUCGGUUCAGCGAUGCCGCCACCCUGGGCAGGAAGCUCAAGAAGAAGAAGAACACGAACCGCACCUGCAGAUCCAUGACGGAGGCCAUCGAGAUGCUCGCCGAUCCCGUCAUCGAGGAUGAGUUUUUCGGCGAUCGGACCACUUGGGAGUACCACACAGUGGCAGUGACUCGGGUUCCGGGUUAUGGCUUCGGAAUAGCCGUUUCCGGUGGACGUGAUAAUCCGCACUUCGCCAACGGCGAUCCGUCGAUAGCAGUUAGCGAUGUGCUGAAAGGUGGACCCGCCGAGGAUCGAUUGCAAGUCAACGAUCGGAUAAUCUCGGUGAACGGCGUCUCCCUGGAGAACGUGGAGUACGCGACGGCGGUGCAGGUGCUGCGCGACAGCGGCAACACGGUGCAACUGGUGGUCAAGCGGCGCGUGCCCCUCAACCCGAUCAAUGCGGUGGGUGCAGUGCAGCACCAGCACUCCCACUCGCUCAGCUCCGUGGGUCUGGUGGCCAACGGGAGCGGCGGAGUGGCCCCCACCCCGCUGACGAGCCUCAGCCAGCCGAACUCGCUCAACUCGUCGCUGGUGCAGAACGCCAGCAGCGGGCAGCCCAUCAAGAUUACGCUCACCAAGGGAGGGAAGAAGGACGACUACGGCGUGGUCCUCGGCUGCCGGCUGUUCGUCAAGGAGAUCUCCUCGAAGGCCCGCGAGCAGCUGAUCGCCAACGGGUACAGUCUGCAGGAGGGCGACAUCAUCACCCGCAUCCACAACACCAACUGCGGCGACACGAUGAGCCUGAAGGACGCCAAGAAGAUCAUCGACGGUUGCAAGGAGCGCCUCAACAUGGUGGUCCUGCGGGACAUCACCAACCAGGCGGCGGUCAGCCAACUCAAUCUGAACAACUCUUCCGGUCAUCAAGCGGCGGGCAACAUCUACGCCAGUCACCAGCCUCAGGUGUCCGGGUGCAGCAGCGGCAACAACAACCUGGAGGAUCCCUACCUUCCAGGAGGCGCCAGCUACUCCUCGCAGAACCUGUACGUGCAGCCGCCCACUCGCACCUCCAAUGGUCCCAGCAUGAAUGGCAACGGCUUGAACGAGGAGAAGAGCAAUCUCACUCCGAGGGGACGCUCGCGGGGACCCAUCAUGGAUGGGGUAUCGCUGCAGCAGUUGGACAGACCCGUAACACCCACUCGGGGAAGAAGUGGAGGCGCUGAUGAGCCGCCACGCCCACCUCCACCGAGGGGAACGAGCGGAGGAGCCGCCCAGGAGGACUUCUACAGCUCGCGCAGACAACUCUACGAGGAGCGCCAGAGCGCCGAGCCGAGGUUCAUCUCCUUCCAGAAGGAGGGAAGCGUGGGCAUCCGCCUGACCGGCGGCAAUGAGGCCGGCAUCUUCGUGACCGCCGUGCAGCCAGGAUCUCCGGCAUCGCUGCAGGGUCUGAUGCCCGGGGACAAGAUCCUCAAGGUGAACGACAUGGACAUGAACGGCGUCACUCGGGAGGAGGCGGUGCUCUUCCUGCUGAGCCUGCAGGACCGCAUCGAUCUGAUUGUGCAGUACUGCAAGGAGGAGUACGACGAGGUGGUGACCAACCAGCGCGGCGACUCCUUCCACAUCAAGACGCACUUCCACUGCGACAAUCCCUCCAAGGGCGAGAUGGCCUUCAAGGCGGGCGACGUGUUCCGGGUGAUCGACACCCUGCACAACGGGGUCGUGGGAUCCUGGCAGGUGCUCAAGAUCGGUCGGGGUCACCAGGAGAUGCAGCGCGGCGUGAUACCGAACAAGUCGCGGGCCGAGGAGCUGGCCACCGCCCAGUUCAAUGCCACCAAGAAGGAGAUGAACGCCAACGAGUCGAGGGGCAACUUCUUCCGGCGACGACGCAGUUCCACGCACCGGCGGUCGAAGAGUCUGUCCCGCGAGAACUGGGACGACGUGGUCUUCUCCGACAGCAUCUCCAAGUUCCCCGCCUACGAGCGCGUGGUUCUUCGUCAUCCUGGCUUCGUACGACCCGUGGUGCUCUUCGGACCCGUUUCCGACUUGGCCAGGGAGCGACUGGCCAAGGACUUCCCCGACAAGUUCUCCACUCCGCUGCAGGACGACGACAAGUCGGCCGCCACGAGUGGCAAGUGCCGCAUCGUGCGGCUCUCGAACAUCCGCGAUGUGAUGGAUCGCGGCAAGCACGCCCUGCUGGACAUCACCCCCAAUGCGGUUGACCGGCUCAACUACGCCCAGUUCUACCCAGUGGUGAUCUUCCUGAAGACGGACAGCAAGCAUGUGAUCAAGCAGCUGCGCCACGGACUCCCCAAGGCGGCCCACAAGAGCUCCAAGAAGCUGCUGGAGCAGUGCCAGAAGCUGGAGCGCGUCUGGUCGCACAUCUUCAGCACCCAGAUCGCGCUGAGCGACGAGGAGUCCUGGUACCGCAAGCUGCGCGACUCGAUCGAUCUGCAGCAGAGCGGCGCCGUGUGGAUGUCCGAGUCCAAGCCCGUAGAAUCCCUCUCCGACGACUUCCUAUUCCCCAUGACCACCUCCCGACUCUCGUAUGCAUCAAGUCCCGAAUCCGAUUUGGAACUGAGUCCCGGCCCAUCCGCAUCAUUGUCGCUUGGCAAUUUGCCGCAGUUGGUUAAAGCGAGCUCAGAUCCAUCGAUUGCCACUAAUCAGGAUAACUUGGAUAGGGAUAGAGACAUAAUUGGUGAAGGACUACCACCUCCAUAUACGGUACCCUACGACCACGGUGUCCCCGCGAAUCCCAAUCGCCGCCAGACCAUGGACUCCAGCAAGUACAGCAUCUACGGCACCAGUGUGCCGCCGCAGCCGCAGCAGCCUGGCGGAGGCGACCCGGCUGCAGUGCGUCCGCAGUCCCUGUACGGGAUCAAUGCCCCGGAUCUGCCGCCGCGCAUCGAUCGCCAGUCGAAGCCGGGAGAGAUCCCCCUGAACACCUCGGGCUCAUCGUCGCGAAACGGAACUCUGGGUCGCAGUGCCCAGGAGCGACUGUUCGGCAAGGCCGUCGUGCAGGACGACGUCCAGGCGGAGUACAUCACCCGGAAUGCUCUGGUGGGAUCCGGAGCAGCUGAGAGCCUGGAUCGCCAGCAGCAGCAGCAGCAAACUCAUGCGUCCCUGGAGCGCCAGGCUCGCCUGAAUGCCCAGCUGAAGGCCAAUGGAGGAGGAGGAGGCGGAGGAGGAGGAGGAGGUGCCUCCACCUACGACAGUGUGUCCAGCUACGAUUCGUACAACAACACACAGAUGGCCAUGCAGAACCUGGGAAGACUGGGUCCCAAUGCGCCCGACGAUCUCAAAUCAGUGCCAAAUGCAAGUGGUCGCCCCUUGCCGCAGGUGGGUCAGUCGCAUGACUACGGUCGAACUCCCCACGAUCAUCGCAGCUUCGGCGGAGCCAACGAUCUGAACCGCCAAAGCAGUCCUGGAAGGCCGCACUACCAUGAAAUGAAUGCGUCCCGUAAUAUCGAUCCACGCAAUGGCACACCACAGCGUCCUUCGAAUUUGGGUCUGGAAAGCAGUCCCCGCAAGCCUUUGGUGGAGACCAAAACGGAUUACGGCAAAUACAGUCGCAACAACUCCGUGACACAAGCGGAUUACACUAAGCUGCCAAAGACGGCGCCACACGGAGUGGUUCCUCCGCCGAACGUGAGCAAUGGCCAAAACCAGAUGAAUGGGAGCGGAACGCCCAGCAGCAAUGGCAGUGGACCCUUCAAGCCGGUGCCACCGCCAAAACCGAAGAACUACAGGCCGCCGGUGCAAAGUGGCGGCAGUUCUGGUAGCGGUGGCACCACUCCUUGGGAAAAUGGAGACUCUGGUUCGCCUCGUUCGCCCAAUGGCUUCUACUAUCCGCCAACGCCUUCGCACCACCAUUACGGCCAGCAGGCCACUCCUGGCUCGCCCAGCAAUGGACACAUGCAGCCACCGCCGCCGCAGCAGCAACCCACCUACGGGGGCAGCAAUGGCAACUACGGACAGGCACCACCACCCCAGCAGUAUCCCCAGGCGAAAGGCUACAAUGGCAACAGCCACCACUACAACGGAGGCAGCGGCACAGGACCCUACAUCGCACCACAUCGCGGCAUGCCACAGCCAAUAGGAAACCUACCGCCUCACACGCCGGAACGCCAUGCCUUGGAUUUGGCAGGAAGUCGGGAGCAACGUGGAUCGGCCUUUGAGCUUUAUCGUAAACCGCAAAUUGGCGCCGCCGCUGGGCACCAUCACAACAUGAGCGAGAUGGAGCCGUACGAUGAGCGGUACGAUGAUUACUAUGCCAGACCGCCACCUGGCGCCCAUCCCUCCCAGGGUCACCCGGGUCACCAAAUGCAGCGAUCCCGCUCAGCUCCGCGUUAUCCCCACGAGCGACCGCCGCCCGCCCACGAUCCCAAUUACUACGGCCACUAUGGCACCUCCAGGGGCCACAGUCAGCCACGUCAGCAGUACCCUCAGCACCACCAGCAGCAGCCGUACUACGAUGACCACGGCAUGGAGAUGGGUCCUCCGCCUCUGCCGCCGCACAAGAAGAAGAAGUCGGUGCUGAAGAGCCCGCUGGUGGCACUCAAGAACGCGCUGCUCAAGAGCACGCGACCCCUGAGGAGGAUGAACAGCAUGGUGGAGCCGGAGCGGAAGCCCAAGGGGCUGCGGCGCCAGCAGUCGAUGCUGGAGAGGGGGGUGCAGAGGCCCUACUACCCGGACGAGUAUCCCACCUAUCCGGCUGGCUUCGAGGAGCGUUCCCACGGAGGAGAGGGCAUGAUGCAUCCGCAGGAUGUCUACUACCAACGGGGUGGCCACUACCCGCCGCAGCAGCAGGAAAUGAUGAACAGCACCUACCAGAACCUGGAGGGCGAGGACAUCUACGGUAACAUAGGCAACACAGUGCCCCGAAUGCCGCACCACCAGGAUAACGGCUAUGGGUACGACCAGUAUGAUCUCUAUGCGAACCGAGCUUGCAUUGAUCUCGAGAGGAGGCAAGCAGAAGCGGCUGCGGCUGCGGCUUCGAGUGGCAGGAAUGGCCGGAGGAUAGUGCGGCGUCACAGCACCACCACGGCGGAUCGGCAGGGAGGGAAUCCCGGACCGGUGAGAAGACCCAUGAUCAGUCCCGGCUACGAACAGGAUCCCCAGGACAUCUACCAGACCCGCAACGGGGCCUACAUGCUGCCCGAUCAGCGGAGGGCGCCCAGUUCGGAAGUGAUGACCCGCAGGAGGUUCUAUCCGGGGGCAGCUAAUGAGCAAACCGAGGAGGAGCCCCUCUACCAAUCCCGGCGCGAAAUACAGCGGGAAAUGCAGCGGAAUCACCUGUACCAAUCGAAGCGCGAAAUGCAGGAGAGGAUCAGCCAGGGCAAGCGGGACAUGGAGCGGGAGUUCAGCCCGCAGAGCAGCAGCAGCCAGUCGGAGGCCUCCAAUCCAGAGGCCAUAUACCAGAGUCGCCGUGAGGCCAAGGAGAGUGCUCUCAAAACGAGGGCCCAGCUGAGGGAUCAGAUCUAUCAGACUCGGCGGGAAGCACUUGAUAGCAUGGCGGAACCGAUCUAUGCCUCUAAGAGGGACAUGGGCAGACCGGCGCCCAUCUACGAGUCGCGGGAGGAGUGCAUCCUCCAGUCCAGGGAAAACGAAACGGAUGAAAAGAAGGAGGGCAAGUCGGAGCAGAUUCAAGUGGAGAUCAAUGCUCAGCCGGAGGAGCAGGUUGAGGACUCCACCUUGAGUCGCUCGGACCUGCAGAAGUCCUCGGAUACGGUGAUAGAAAACCCAGCUAGGGCUCCGCUUGUCCAGGAUGAAGUGGAUGAGGAGGAGGCGGAGGAGCAGCAGGAGCAGCAGGAGGAUGAGGCUGAGAGUUCCGCCAACCAGACGGAGCAGCCCACGGCCAUUGAAAUCAAUCAGCACAACGAGGGAAUGCUGGCCAGUGAAACGCAAAAUGCCUCGGACGAUGUGUUCGAGGCAGAAGAUCAGGUUCCUCCGCUGGCUCCUCCGCCAGCUCCUGUCCAACCCCUGACCCCGCGAUCCGGCCGGGCGCCCUUCCACAUCUCGAACAUCCUCAAGCGAACAGCUCCGCCGCCGAGCUCGCCAAUCGGCGACAGUUGCACCUCCAUCGAAACCCAGUACACCUCCCAGGCCAGCCUGCCAGUGGGUCCACCCAAUGCCACCAGUACGCCCUUCAGCAGCAGCAUGUCCCUGCCCAUCGCCGGACCGGUGAACAACGCUCCGCCGGCCAACGGAGGACCCUUCCCCGCCCUGCCCCGCGAACCCAGCACCUCGCGGGGAUUCUUCGACUCGAAUGGCGGCACUCUGGCCGAUAAGCUGUGGCACGUCUCCCUGCAAAUCCCGCCCGGAGCCAUUCCGGCCGGAGUGCGGCAGGAGAUCUACUUCACCGUCAGCGAUCCGCGGAUGGGACAAGCCGUCGGCGGUCCUCCGCUGGACAUGGAAAAUGGUGAGACAAUGCUGUCACCGCUGGUGAUGUGUGGACCGCAGGGCCUUGAGUUCCUGGUGCCGGUUACACUCAAUAUUCCGCACUGCGCCGGACGGACUGCCUCCCUGGGACUGGCCCUCAAGGCGACCGACAGCGAGAAGAACCUGCACACCGAGUGGGACAACAUCGACCUGCCCAGCAAUGCCGCCGCUCACACGGUCUCCGUCAAGGUGGAUCACUUCUAAUCAUAGAGCACUACCACUCAUUCGAAAACUUGAACGAUUAACGCAAUUGUAAAUAGAUCCAUAACACCAUACACAUAUUCUUAAGGCCGCAAUUCCAGGGCAAGCAAAAUGAGCUCAACCAAGAGGUAGAUGUAGGCAUUGCUUAUAAUGUAACUAAUUUAAUUCAAUUUUGUCUGUUAAUUGUGCCUUUGAGUGAUCGUUUGGCUCUGCCUUUGACCCAUAAUAUCGAGCUAGACAUUAAUCAAUCGAAUGCAAAGGAUAUUUGUAUAAAGCGACUAGGAUUUAGUUUUAUACCUAAACCAAUUAUUUUGUAUAUUUUAAAGCGACCCAUUACUAUGUAUUUUAUAUAUUUACAUAAUUUUAAUGCAUUUUAAAUGAUAUAUUUGACUUUUUAUUAGAUAUUCGCAUAUUGUUUCGACCCAUAAUCCAUUUUAAUUGCAUUCGAAUUGUUAAACGCGUGCAAGUAUUGCAUGCAGAAGUUAUAUACCGUAAACAUUUAUAAAUCGUAGCGAUAUCCUUAUAUCCUAUACACGCGCCUGUAUAAUCAGAAAGAACAUCAUAUUAUAAAAAUAUUUAUACGCAUUUUGUAUUGAACAUUAUACACACGUGGAAAGUUUGGGAAUAAAUAAAAGAGCAACUAUAAUAAUUGUA